AUGUUCAUGUACACUGCUUUGCAGGAUUAUGAAGCAAAACGCUGGAUUGAUCGGCGAGUUGAAAUUUCCAGUGGAACACGGACUGACUCUUACCUGACGCGUUUAAAGCAAGAGCUUGAGGAGGCGUUCCAAGCCUUUGCUCCAGAUCUUUUGGUCUACAACGCCGGCACAGACAUAUUGGAAGGAGAUCCUCUCGGCCGAUUGGAGGUUUCACCGGAAGGAGUGAAAGAGCGUGACGAGAUUGUUUUCAGCUUCGCUCGCCAGAGAAACAUCCCAAUUGUCAUGCUCACGUCUGGAGGAUACAUGAGAAGCAGUGCUGGUGUCAUCGCUGAAUCCAUCUCGAAUUUACACUCGAAAAAGCUCAUCGACUUGGCCGGUGUGAAUUAAACAAGAGCCUCUUUCUUUCCAGCGGGGUGAAAGAGAUGUCGAACCCGGGACCCCCUAAACGCAUAUUCGAGAGAGUGAUGUAGGGCGACCAUUUCUAGCAAGCCAUGCCAGGCCAUGGAGGCGCGAUAUUCUUCUCUAA